AUGGGAAACGAUUCGCAUAGGAAAAAAUGCCAAAGCGAAGCACCUCGCCGCUCCCAAUUCUCGAGCCGCCCCAGCGGCGGGAGCUCGUCCGUCAGCUACAGUCGCUCGCCGUAUACCCCGUCGCGCUUGUCCCAAGUAACCAAUGCGGGAGACAUUAGUGAUGUGGACGCCCAGACCGAAGCACUCAGCAACCUGUCCUUUGCGUCAGGGCAGCAGCAGCAGCAAGCUGUCCCAGUCACCAUUGACACGAUUUCUGCAUGGGUGAAACAGGGUGGGAGUCUCGAGGCAUUGGACGACGGAACAAUGGCGAUGCUCCUGUCUCAGUACCUUGGGCUGAAAGGUGAGCGCUCGAGAAGAUGCAGGUACCAAGCGCCCAAGGUGGUUCCUCCGCCGGCGCCCAUCUUGGAAGAGGAGGAGCAAGUAGAGGGCGGCGCUUUGGACAAGCCACCAUCGUCACCAAGUCGACGAAAGGACAGAGGCAAAGACAGAGCCCGAUAG